GACUUUUUCACUUAUGCCUUUGACCGAAUAAAGGUCAUAAAAGUUUUUUUUAAAGCAGAUUGAAAUAGUACUACAAUAAUAAUCAUACUAUAUCAUUCAGAAGCACAAAAUUUUGAUUGUUUAAAUAUUGUCUAAGACGAAUUCCGGUGAAGCUAUUAAUUAGUUGUACUAGUUAGUUAUGUCUUUGUAACGUUUUAAAGCGUCGUGAGGUUAAUCCUUAAAUCGUCUUUAUGAGGUGGUAACGAUCUUAUCCCCAUGUACUCUAGCAGUUCUGUGUCAACACAGUCCCAUCCGCUAAUCUAUUUUCUUGUGUCAAUGUGCAUGCUAGUCUGUGCCUUUGUGCGUCUGUGUGGGUGUGUUGUGUUCAGAGAGUGUGUUCAUUCAGACUGGCUACAUGUCAUCCUGUUCAAUUACGCUGAUCUCGUGGACUAUAAUGGCCGGAUGGAGACAUCACAUUGACACGUGACGUCCACUUUCGGACUGUAAACGGUCCCAUUGGCCAGCUCAUUGAUGAGACCCGCCGAGAACAGAGCAGACUUUAAUUGUAUGUACGCUUGACACAAGAUGGAGAGCAACGAUCUCCUGGGCACCGAAGACAUAGUCGUAAUCAUGGUCUGCCUGGCAGUGCCCUUGAUUAAAGGCAUCGUAUUCGCUGUGAAGGAAAGACUCAGUUCCAUGAAAGAUCGAUUCCUGCCAGGAGAGAGGAUUGACUCCUUAGCAUCGGUGACUAUCUCGAUAUUUGCAACUUAUAUGUCUGCCGUCACGCUCAUGGGCUCGCCCACUGACGUCUACGUCUUUGGCUGCAUGUACGCCGUGAACCACAUCGGAUUCGGAAUCGCCUUCUUGAUCGGCUCCUUCACCGUGGUGCCGCUUCUGCACCCGCUGGGCAUCAGCAGUGUCUUCGAGUACAUGGAGAAGCGGUACGACUCACUGCUGGUCAGGCAGUUCUUUGUGAUGGUCACUGUCAUCAUGAUGAUGUUCUUCAUGGGCAUCUCCCUGCUGCCCCCAGCUCUUGGAGUAGAGGUAGGGGCUGGAGUGGAUUAUUCGCUGUGUAUUAUCAUAGUCGGUUCAAUCGCUACUUUCUACACUCUGAUAGGAGGACUCAAGAGCUUUGUCUGGACUGAUGCGUUCUUGUGUUCGCUCAUGUUUGUGGCUUUUUCCGUGCUCAUUGCAAGAGUCACACUUACUGUUGGAGGGGGCAACUCGGCGUUAAUCUUGGCUGAGGCUGGUGGCCGAACUGAUUUCAAUCAAAUAAGUCCAGACCCAAGAGAACGUCACACUUGGUGGGGGACAGUCCUGGGUGGCACAGCAUUCUGGCUGUUCUUUGCCUACAGCCAAUCUACUGUGAAGAGACUAUCUGGUGUUAAAUCUAUAACAUCGGUCAAACUGACCAUGGUGAUAAAUGGCUUUUUGGUCAUCAUCUAUGGAGCCUUUGUGUUGGGCUUAGGCAUGAUGAUCUACGCCUUCUUCCACUACAAACGUUGUGACCCACUCAAGGCAGGUUUGAUCAAAAACAGAAACCAAACCCCGCCGUUCUUCGCAUUGGUUGCAAUGAAAGAUCAUCCCGGGAUACCGGGACUCUACAUGGCAGCACUGUUCAGCAGUGCCCUGUGUACCGUGUCUUCAGGUAUCAACUCAAUGGCCAGCAACACCCUGGACGAGAUCCUCAAGAAACCUUUAGCCAGAUACUCAGAACUGUGUCGGUUCUUCAUCAAUAAAGUCUUCAUUUUAUUUUACGGGCUCGUGGUCAUUGGACUUGGAUUUGUGGCCAUCGGGAUCGAAGGUACAGUCGCCCAGAAGAUUAUCACCAUCGUUGGAGCGUUCGGAAGUCCAGUGACGGGAGCUUUUCUGCUGGGCGCCGUCUCUCUUAAAGCCAACAAGUUUGGUGCGCUUGUCGGCGGGGCGGCUUCCAUCGCUGUCAACCUGUGGCUUGUCAUAGGGAUGCACCUGCACGGACGGAAGAUCAGACCCCUCCCCGGCCCUCCCUCGGACAUGUGCUUCCUCAAUACCACGUUGUUCAGUGUGGAAAACGACUCCAUGACCUCGGAGCUGCCCAGCACGGUGGACGUCGUCACGGGAGAGGUCGACCCAGGCUCAGACCCUUACGGCUUCACGUUUUUCAUGUACGACAUCUCUUAUGUGUGGUACGGCGUCAUCGGCGUCCUGGUCACCUUCUUCGUCGGACUCGUUGUGUCCAUGUGCACGUCGCGCUACGUGACGAAAGAGACCGACCCUCUGCUCGUCUUCCGCAUCUUCCGCCAGUGCACGGCCAAGGUCUCCUCCACAAAGAUGGACGUCUACGAAGCAGAAGCGGAGGCAGUGACUUAUACGUUCACCGUGAACUCUGACCCUGCUGACGUCAUGAACAAAACUCACAUCAUAGACGGCGAUGACGUCACGCAAGUGCAAUAUUCGACCCAUUUGUAAAACAAUGAUAUAUAUAUAUAUAUAUAAUAUAUAUAUAAUAUAUAUAUAUAUAUAUAUAUAUAUAUAUAUAUAUAUAUAUAUAUAUAUAUAUAUACAAUAACGUUUUUUAUAAUUUUCUAAUUGAGCUUGAAGGGAGACAACUAUCGGAGAUUAUCACGAGACAGUUAAAACACAGUAAUCUCCUCUUUGUUCAGUUUUCGAUUUUAAAGAUCUGGUUGACCUAAGCAAUAAUGGAAUAUAGGAAAAAAGAAAAAAAAAAGCGAUACGAGUAAUGAAAGGAAGGUCAAUAAAAAGUAACCUUAAGAGAGACGCAAUCAAGUCCAAAGAAGAUUAUUGAAAGAAAUAAACCAAACUAUGUCAAGGUCACUGUCGAAAGAUACAUAAUAAAAAUGGCUUUGGCUACCAGCAAAAGAGUAGAACAAAUUCACAUAACAAUGCUAAAGAGUGCACACCAAUGAUGGAAUACAUUAUAAAAUACAUAACUUAUUAACCCAUCCUAUAUUCUGUACACCAGAAAUACACAAAUAGAUUGCUACACAUAACUCUCCACCAUAGCAACGAAUCUUGAAAGUAUAAAAUAAAGCGAGGCCAUAUCAAGAAGGUGGGAUUAGCUCACUUGUUCAAUGCAACGAGAAUUUCUCGAAUGACAGUAUAAUAAGAAAGUCUUGGCCUACUCUCUUUGACCUGACCUACUCUCUAUCCUUUGGCCUACUCUCUUUGCUCCGGCUUACUCUUUUUGGCUUGACCCACCUUCUAUGGCUUUGUCUACUCUCUUUGCCCUUACUCUCUAUGGCUUGGCCUACUCUCCAUGGCUUGGCCUACUCUCUAAGGCUUGACCCACUCUCUAUGGCUUGACCUACUCUCUAUGGCUUGGCCCAUUCUCCAUGGCUUGGCCUACUCUCUAUGGCUUGGCCUACUCUCUAUCUACAACACUAUGUAAUGUCUUAAAGUGCGCACUACACGGUGUUAUACUUAUCUCACUUGAUUUACGCUGUCUGUUUGUGUGCGUGUAAAUAUGAUUUAUCUUGUUUUGAACUGGAAGCGUGCUUAAUCUGAGGCACUUCACAUGUGUGUCUGUGACUUCUCGGUUCUUCAAAAACAAAACAAAGAAUAAAAAACAGGUAUCGAGCGUUUGUAUUAAAUAUUCAAAUUGUUACUAUGAAAAUAUAUAUUGGCAGUAUUACACGGAACAAAAUGUCAAGAUGAGUUACUUUGAUGUGAAUCAAAAGUCUUUCUUGUAAAACCAUUGACGUAUUUUUGUGACAUGAGUAUAAUGUUGUCUAUUUGUUCUAGAGAAUGUAUCAUAAUUUAUUGAAUGUAUGGAUUUGCCAUGUAAUGCAAUAAGAAUCAUCAUUCAUUUAAGAAAUUUUUUUUUUUUCUAAAGCCCGCGUUUGUUGGUUAUUAUAAUUAUUUUAUUGUGAGAGGUCAAUGAUUCUGGUUAGAGAGUUGAAUGUCAAUCUUGUGUUACAGGUAGAAGUGAUUAAGACAAUCUUGUGUUACAGGUAGAAGUGAUUGAGACAAUCUUGUAAUGAUUGAUAAUUGAAUUCAAUGCGACUCCAUCACAAACAUGUAAACAUCUAAUUAAAUAGUUUAAAUAAAGUGAUUUGUUUUUUAAAGGC